AUGUCGCUAUACUCCUUCUACAUCUUCGACCGACACACCGAAUGCAUCUACUCCAAACGCUGGACCUCUCCACCCACCACCACCCCCAUCCCCACAGAACCCAACAAACCCAGCAGCCAAGGCCUCCCCCCCUCCGCCGCAGCAACCGCCAAACUCGCCUCCAAAAACCAAGACGUCCAAAAACUCAUCUUCGGCACCAUCUUCUCUCUCCGCCGCAUGGCCCGCCAACUCGGCGGUCCCUCCGAUCAAUUCCUCUCCUACCGUACGGGAGAGUACAAACUGCAUUACUUCGAGACUCCGACCCAACUCAAACUCGUGCUGCUGACGGAUACGCGGGUGGGCAAUAUGCGCACCGUGUUGCAUCAGAUUUGGGCCACACUGUAUGUCGAGUAUGUGGUCAAGUCGCCGCUCGCUCCCGUCGAGCAUAAGGGUGGGGUCGGGGUGGGGAAUGAAUUGUUUGAGGGGGGGUUGGAGAGCUUUAUGGUGAGUUUGUCUUGUGAACUUCUGUGGUUUGGGGAGUCGUGCUGA